UUUUAUUUCACAAAGUUGAAAAAUUAAUAUGAGACAAUAAAGUUGUGUAAGCAAUAAAUCAUUAACAUUAUUGCCAUCAAUGGUAUUUGCAGUUAAUAAAGUUGUACCAACACUAACGCCGUUGUAGACAGGACAUGUGGAAAAGAGACAUCAUAACAUUUAUAAAUCGCGGAUUGUCCGGACUGAUGGCGGAAGCAGCAUCCUGUGCCCGAAAGGGGACAAAGUACGCUGAGGGCACCCAGCCCUUCACCGUCCUCAUCGAGGGCAACAUCGGCAGUGGGAAGACCACGUAUUUGAACCACUUCGAGAAGUACAAGAACGACAUUUGCCUGCUGACUGAGCCCGUCGAGAAGUGGCGCAACGUCAACGGGGUCAAUCUGCUGGAGCUGAUGUACAAGGAUCCCAAGAAGUGGGCCAUGCCCUUUCAGAGUUAUGUCACUCUGACCAUGCUGCAGUCGCACACCGCCCCAACCAACAAGAAGCUAAAAAUAAUGGAGCGCUCCAUUUUCAGUGCUCGCUAUUGCUUCGUGGAGAACAUGCGAAGGAACGGUUCCCUGGAGCAGGGCAUGUACAAUACGCUCGAAGAGUGGUACAAGUUCAUCGGUGAGUCCAUUCACGUGCAGGCGGACCUCAUCAUUUAUCUACGCACCUCGCCGGAGGUGGCGCACGAGCGCAUCAAGCAGCGGGCUCGCUCAGAGGAAAGCUGCGUGCCGCUUAAGUACCUCCAGGAGCUGCAUGAGUUGCACGAGGACUGGUUGAUACACCACAGACGCCCGCAGUCGUGCAAGGUCCUAGUCCUCGAUGCCGAUCUGAACCUGGAAAACAUUGGCAGCGAAUACCAGCGCUCGGAGAGCAGCAUAUUCGAUGCCAUCUCCAGUAACCAACAGCCCUCGCCGGUUCUGGUGUCGCCCAGCAAGCGGCAGAGGAUCUCCAGAUAAUCAUAUUCCUAUUAGUAGUAGUACAGACGUUUAACAUCAUAUAUUUAAGAGGCCAAGACGAGCCGAACCGCGAGACAAAGGCAGAACUUGAUAAAAAAAAAGUGAUUCAUAUUAACAAUUAUAAUUCACAUUAUAUUCUCUUAACAGAACUCUCAACUCUCAUUGUAAUAAAAACUGAAUGUUUAUGUUAAAGGCAUGGCACCUAAUAUUUUGUUGGUUAGCUUUUCAGUUCACUUGCAUUUUAAUUAUGUACGUUUUUGUAUUUAUUGGACAAAGAUAAUCAAUUUCUGAAAAGCGUGACAUGGCACCUAAUAGUUUUGUUAGCAUUUCAGUUCAUUUGUGUUGUAUAUGUAUUGGACUAAGAAAUCAAUUUAUGCGAAGCGUGGCCUUCUCUAACUUACUAAAAAUAUUGUUUUCUUUUCUUGUAGUUUUAAGGUUAAAGUAUAGCGCAAUUUAUUUUAAAAAUAAUAUAUAAUCAAUCAUUGAAUAAAAUGUGCACUAUCCGUAUGUAUGUA